AUGGUCAAAAAAUCAAUUGGAACAUCAUCAUCGGAGGUUGCCUCACAAUUACCACCCGAUGAGGCAUUGAUUCGCAAAUUGUUGAAGGAGUCUAUUUCCCAAAACAACAUCAACACAUCAUCUUCUCAGCAACAAUUAAUCGGAUUGAACAGGGAGGAUCAUUCAAAUGACACCGAUGAAAAUAAUACCCUUUGUAUGGAAGCUCUUCAAGCCUUGUUAUCAUCAUCAUCUUCCAGCAAUACCAAUAUUACUCAAAUUGAGCAGACUUACACCAAAGUCUUUGAACGUCUUCAUAAUGCCAAUGUUUUGAGCAGCAAGCCUCAAGUAAAGCAACUCAUUGAAUCCAUCCCAAAGGAAACCCUCGAAAAGUGCGUUAAAUAUUUACAUUCCCAAGCGAGUCGUCUUUCAUCAGACAAAGUGAAUGUUAUGGCUCUUCGUUUUCAUGAAAUUUUGAUACACUUAACGCUCAUCGGAAAAGCUGGAGAUAUGCUUCGAACUAAUGUUGUUGAAGAAUGGAUUCAACCCAUGAUCAAACUCUAUGUGAACAACAACAAGACAGAAACAUCAAAGGAACUUUUAACCUAUGUGAGUCAAGGUCUUCGUUUCUUGAUUCAGCUUAUUGGGUCAUACAGAGAGAUUGUUCACUAUAUUGCUAAUCUUACCAAUUACACCAAUAGAAGAAUAGCAUACGAAAACAAAUUAAAGAAAGAAAACAAGAAAGAAAAUCCUCUUAAAAAACGUGCUCAAGAAAAAGCACUUGAUGCUGAAGAGAAAAUGUUCCAAGAAAUGGAGAAGCUUGAAGAAGAUUCAUCUCUCAAUAAUGAUACAGAAAUUGACGAAUACUUUGAUGAGAAUGAGAAUCCAGGACUUUUAGAAAAUAAGAAACAUGUCUUUAACAAACCAUUAUUGCAAUUAGUGAUUGAAGCAGGAGAGAAGAAUAUUCAAAAUCUUUCUAAUCUCUCCGAAGAUUGUGAUACGGAUUUAGAAAUGGGAUAUCAUUACAUCUCUAAAUUAGUCAUGCAAGCUUUGAUUGAAAUAAUGGAUAUUUCCCUCUCUCAAGUCCGAUUUGAAGAAAUUUCAAGUGUGGUUUGUGAGUUGGGAGUUCCAUUUUUGAAUAAUUUUAUUGAUUACUACUUUGAAAAAGAUCGAUCCAUGUUGGAGAAGGCACUUUUAUUGAUUGCAUGCUUUAUUAGCAACGACAAAUUGGUUCCAACUAUAUGCAAGUCAGUAUUGUUCGAGAAGACAGUCAAUCUCUAUAAGAAAUAUGUGGUGAAGGGUGAAGAAGGUUCCAAAUUCAGUUCUUACAUUUGCUCUCUUUGCUGUUAUAUCAUUGGAAGAUCAGCUAUUAAGGAUCAUGAUAGUGCUACUCUAAUCAUUAACAAGUACAUCAAACCUAAUGAUCAUGCAUUGUUAGUGUCCAUUAUUAACAAUGUUAUUAAGAACAAUAGAAAUGUCCUUUUAAAACACAUGACCUAUGCUGGAUACACAGCUGUACAAGGAAUAUUAGCAACAGAAGGUACUACUGAAUUAAUUGUUGAGGUGAAUCGACAAACAGAUUUAAUUGAUACUUUGAUUAAGGAUAUCAAAUUCAAUAGAGAAAAGUUAGAUCCAUAUUUGGCCGAUAUCAAAUAUCAUUCCAUGGUUCUCCUUAAAGUGAUUUGCAAUAAUUUGGUGAUUGCUAAAAACUCUGGAACUGAAUCAUUGAAACAACAGGUGGCACCCAUGUUGGAAAAAAUUCUUGAUUCUGGAGUGGUGCAAUCCAUGUUUGAUGUGAUUACAAAAGAUGUUGACAAAAAGAAUAAGAAAAAAGAUAAGGAAGACAAACCAACAAUGAAAGAUUUUCUAUUUGGCAGAUAUACCAAACCUGGAGCUAUUUCCAGUCUCACAGCUGUAUUCCAAAGUUGUGGAAAAUCUCAAGAUGACACUGUUUUGAAGAAGCUCAUGGAACUUAUUACUAGUGAUCAAACCUAUUAUCAAUUGUUUCAUUAUUUUAACAAGAUUGAAACAUUCAAACACCAAAAGACCAUGAGUCCUAAAACCAUCUUUUUCAUUAUUGUAGUUUUUGCAGUCUUUUUGAUUUCACUUCCUCUCUUAUUUAAACUCUUUAAAUAA